CACACAUCAACUCACUUCUCUUUGAUUUGCCCUCGCAUUUACUCAUACUUCACUUAUCCAUUCAUAUCUAUAUCCACAUUCACAUUCACAACAAUGGUUUAUCUUUGGUUAAGAGCUGAGACUAAGGCUAUGGAGCACCGAGCUGCUCUGACUCCCUCUACCUGCAAAAUACUCCUUGAUCGAGGAUUCAAGAUCACCGUGGAGCGAUCCCCGGAGCGCAUCUUUGACGAUGAGGAAUAUGAAAAGGUUGGAUGCCAUAUGGUCCCAAUUGGAGAGUGGCGUAAGGCUCCUGAGGAUGCAUAUAUUGUCGGACUCAAGGAGUUGCCCGAAGGCGAGGACGACCCUUUGCGCCAUACCCACAUUUUCUUCGCUCAUUGCUUUAAGAAUCAGAGCGGAUGGACCGACAUUCUCGGGCGAUUCGAUGCUGGAAACGGAACCGUCUUGGAUCUUGAGUUCUUGAACGAUUCUAAUGGACGCCGUGUUGCUGCAUUUGGAUACCAUGCUGGAUUUGCUGGGGCAGCUAUUGGAGUUGACAACUGGUGCCAUCAAAAGCUACAUCCUGGUCAGCCCUUGCCUGGUUACACGCCUUUCCCUAAUGAUGCCUCUUUGAUCAGCUAUAUCAAAGAGCGUUUGGAGCAUGCAGUUGCCUUGAAUCAUGGUAAAGUCCCUGAGGUCAUGGUGAUGGGAGCAUUGGGUCGCUGCGGAACAGGAGCCUGCGAUUUGGCUCGUGCCGUGGGCAUUCCUGAGGAGAAGAUCAUCAAGUGGGACUUGGAAGAGACUAAAGAUGGCGGUCCUUUCCCUCGUAUUCUCGAGUCAGAGAUCUUUGUCAACUGCAUCUACUUGAACAAGCCCAUCCCUCCUUUCUUCACUCCUGCUAUGCUUGACGGAGAACGCAACCUGUCGGUCAUUGUUGACGUUUCAUGCGAUACUACCAAUCCCCAUAACCCUAUCCCUGUUUACAGUAUCAACACCACAUUCGACAGUCCCGUCGUGCCAGUCUCCACCAAGAACCCCUUGCCUUUGGAUGUCUGCUCGAUUGAUCACUUGCCCACACUGUUGCCGAGGGAAUCCAGUGAGGCCUUCUCAAAAGAUCUCUUGCCCACCAUCAUUGAUUUAGAGCGUCGUGAGGAAAGCACUGUCUGGGGUGGCGCUGAGGCUCUCUUUAAAGAGAAGGUCCAAGCCAUGAAGUCUCUCAAGCAGUAAAAUAUGGGAUUUUGUCAUCAUAAAGAACCCCAUUGAUCUGUUCUCUCUUGUAUCAUACACAUCUAAAUCCAUUCUUCCUCUAAAU